AUUGCUCCCACUCUCCGGUAGGUUGGAGUUGGAGAUCAAGGCGAGGCACGUAAGAAAGCGAGCUGGCAUGGGCGAGAGCUUAUCUCUCCACGUCACUCGCAGCUGCGGGUCCAAGACGCAGUAGCAGCAGGCUAGUAGCAGCAGCGUGAGCUGCUUGCCCAAGAAUUGCUCCCACUCCCGGCUGUCCGGAGAGCGCAGCUCAGCUCGGAAAUUUCGGUUCUUGGAGGUCGAUGGCCGCGAGGGCGUUGAGGGAGGCGGGGAGGAGGAGGGGCUGGGCGGCGGAGGUCGGGCGGCGGUGCUUCUCCGGCGGGAGCGCGGGGGCGGCGGUGGCGGAGCCGAAGGAGGGGGUUGCGGGAGGAGGGAAGGCGGUGAACCUGUUCACAGCCGUCAACCAGGCGCUCCACAUCGCCCUCGACACCGACCCGCGUGCUUAUGUCUUCGGAGAGGAUGUGGGUUUCGGCGGCGUCUUUCGCUGCACAACGGGGCUCGCCGAUCGGUUUGGCAAGAACAGAGUGUUCAAUACGCCGCUAUGUGAACAGGGUAUUGCUGGAUUUGCAAUUGGCCUAGCAGCAAUGGGUAAUCGAGCUAUUGCAGAAAUCCAGUUUGCGGACUAUAUCUUUCCAGCCUUUGAUCAGAUUGUCAAUGAAGCAGCUAAAUUCAGAUAUCGUAGUGGAAAUGAAUUUAACUGUGGAGGUUUAACAAUUCGAACUCCUUAUGGUGCUGUUGGGCAUGGUGGUCACUACCAUUCACAGUCACCAGAGGCUUUCUUCUGUCAUGUUCCUGGACUCAAGGUUGUCAUACCACGAAGUCCACGCGAGGCUAAGGGAUUACUGUUGGCUAGCAUUCGAGAUCCAAAUCCAGUUGUAUUUUUUGAGCCAAAGUGGCUGUAUCGUUUGGCUGUUGAAGAAGUACCUGAGGAGGAUUAUAUGUUGCCCUUAUCUCAGGCAGAAGUGAUUAGGAAAGGAAGUGAUAUAACACUUAUUGGCUGGGGAGCUCAACUUGCAGUGCUUAAAGAAGCUUGUGAAGAUGCAGCAAAGGAUGGAGUAUCUUGUGAGCUCAUUGAUCUGAAAACUCUGAUACCGUGGGACAAGGAAACAGUAGAGGCCUCAGUAAAGAAGACUGGAAAGCUCCUCGUAAGCCAUGAGGCACCAAUCACCGGUGGAUUCGGUGCGGAAAUUGCUGCAUCUAUCGCUGAGCGCUGCUUCCAAAGGCUUGAGGCGCCUGUGGCGAGAGUCUGCGGCGUCGACACUCCUUUCCCUCUCGUCUACGAACCGUUUUACAUGCCCACGAAGAACAAGGUCCUGGACGCCAUAAAGGCAACUGUAAAUUACUGAAGUGCAGGACCAAGCUACUGCCCUACAUUUUCCAUGAUAGCAAUUAGCAGACAUAGAGCUUCUGUUCUUCUUCAUAUGUACAUAAGCACUCUUUACAUUGCUGGUCACCAUAUGCAUGACCACAAACAGCUUGUUCAGCAACAUUAGCAAUAAAGAUGCAGGAUGCAAAUGUAAUAAUUGUUCUGCAACCA